AUCACUUUCUUCCCUUGAACACUAUCGGCGCAAAGCCUGAAUAAGAAUGUACCUUACAAAGCAAUGUAAGCCAAGCAAGAAUCCAUUACGUUUUUGGCUUGCCUUGAAUACCAAGCAUCCUCUUUACACCACCACAGAACGUUUUGUAGUUAACAACCUCAGCAAGAAAAGAACCAAAAACCCUUUAUGCCAUGCUAUGUAUAAGACCCCCUCUUGCAUGAAACACAUGUAUCAAGUGUACUAGUUCUGUCCUCUUUCAACAGUUUCUCACCCUAUACCUCAACCAUAUUGUUCAAGGAUGGCUAGUCAGCAAAUGAAACCCGUUGCCGGGCUCCUUUUGGUCCUCAAUUUCUGCAUGUAUGUCAUAAUUCUGGGCAUCGGCGGUUGGGCUAUGAAUAGAGCAAUUGAUCAUGGCUUCAUCAUUGGUCCUGGAUUCGAUCUUCCGGCGCAUUUUUCCCCCAUAUAUUUCCCAAUGGGAAAUGCUGCCACCGGAUUCUUCGUCAUGUUUGCUUUGCUAGCCGGAGUUGUUGGUGCCGCAUCAGCAUUAUCUGGAUUAAACCAUCUUCGUACUUGGAAUGAUCGAAGCUUGCCAUCUGCUGCUACAGCAGCCCUUAUUGCUUGGACUCUUACUGUCCUUGCCAUGGGGUUUGCCUGCAAAGAGAUUGAGCUCCGCAUCAGAAAUGCUCGUCUGAGAACGAUGGAGUCAUUCCUAAUCAUCCUUUCAGCGACACAGCUUCUAUACAUUGCGGCCAUUCAUGGCGCAGCAUGAAGAUAAAUUUGAAAAGUACAGAGAAAUGGUUUUUGUGUGGCUUGUGUUCAUUUUUUUUUUAUUCCCUUUUUUUUACCACUUGAACCGUAUAAGAACCUAGGCAAAGAAUUGGCAGGCUAUUGUGUGAUUGGUGUGAUUAGCAGUUGUUGUGAUUUGUAUGGAAAAACAGUAAGAAAUGGUUUGGAAAAAAAUGCUAUAUUUCUGUACAACAAUGUCCCACCAACUUGAGUGAUUUUCUUCAAUUGAAACAGCAGCACAAUUUCAUUAUACCGAAGCUUGACAAACAGGAAAAGGUCUAACUUUAUAGUUCAAACAAUCGAUGAGUAUUAGGCAGAGAAGUCUAUCCUUGUUUCUGUUGCAGUCGAGAGCUUAUUUAAUGUGAUAGAUACACAAAUAAUGCCGUGCAAUGCAUUCUGAUCGAGUUAAGCACUAAGAAAAAGUACAUUAGUAGUGAGAAAGAAAAACUUGGUUACGGAACCUUCUAAAGUAGGUCUCGUGUGCCUUCUAAAGUAGUCUUUUUUGUGUGGAAUGCUGUUCUUGGGAAGAUAUUGACCACGGACAAUCCGAGGAAGAGGGGAUGUAUCGUGAUGGAUUGGUGUUUUACAAAUCCAUCAAGCAUCAAUAAAAAGAAGCCAGCAAGCAUGAAAUAAAAAGAAUGGCUGUAUCAUUAAUAGAAACCCAUAUGCCGUAAAAGCAAAACACAAAUUUCUUGGAAAGAGAGUGAGUUCAUAUCCACUAGAAAACACCAUGAAAGCAAUCAAGGGAAUAUUAAUAUCAUAGAAGAAUUUGCAAAUCCACAUCGCACCACCACCAUACCAAUGCAAAGCAACUAGGUACUACACACCAUUUAGAAUAUUUAAAAAAAAAAAAAA